AUGGCGUUUCGUGUCUCGCAAGCCAGCUCAGCACGCUGGACCGUUCCACUCUCGUCACGACAGGCCCUAAACGGAUUUCUCCUCAUCCUGACGUGUGAGGGUGAGGUUUUCUUCGCUACCCACACCAUCGAAAACUACCUAGGGUUCCACCAGCCGCGUUGUUCCACUGAACGGUUUGUAAUAAAUGGCCUCCAAGAGGAUGACACCCCUCGCAGACCCGACACCUGUGCCCGAGGCGAGCGGCCAGGCGUCGCGAUAUCGGACACGAGAGCAGAUCUCAGGCGACUUGACGUGACUAGCUGGCGUGUAACUUGUUGCAGUUUCGUGACAGCGGCAGGUUGUUGCAUCCCUCCUCCUCACAUCCCAAGGUCUUCCCUUCUCGACCCACUGCCCAAACCUCCGGAGCACAUAAAGCCAUCCCUAACCCAAGGGUCAACGGACGAGGUAUCGACUCCUACCUGGCGCCUUGGCCGACUAAUCGAUUAUCCUCCGACCUUGUGCCUCCAAGAUAACCCUUAUCUAGAAGGUUAG